AAUCCUCUGGCCAAAAGUGUUUCAUUUAUUUUUAUAGCUCCUAUGUCUGUGUGGCCUUUAUACUGUGCGGUGGGGAGGGAGUGGGGGCCAAAUAAUUAUAUUAUAUGGGGUCCUAUGAUUUCUAAUGGUGGCCCUGGGUGCAGCAACCAAAUUGAGCUUUGAACCUUGACACUUUCGAUUUAGUUUAAGGGCUCCAUUAAGCAGAACAAUAAAGAGCAGCCUGGGAGGAAAUUAACCGAUGAGGAGAAAUAUUCCUUAAAUAUACACUAUAUAGUUUUGUAUUGAAGUGAUCACUACUCAUAAAAAUUAGACCUGGGAUCCACUGCCAGAUUCAUACAAAUCAUUUUUUGAUUUUGGGUGAUUUUACAUGCAGUGUUGUUUUUUAAUAGCCUAAACACACAACACCAAAACACCCAACUUUGCCCUUUUUUCUGGGCUACUACAAAAUGCUAUAGAUAAGCCCCAAAUCCCUCAUGCCAUUGCCCAUAGACAAAGAUUUCUAUAUCCACAUUACAGAAUGGACACUUGCCCACACUCUUGUCACAUGUUUAAAGGUCAAACUUAACUUACAAUUUAUUACACAUAUUUAGAAAGCACGAACAUAUUCCUCAAUGCUGUACAAUCAAUGGAUUUACACAUUAAAUUUACAAGAAUACAGAAUGCCCAAAAGGAAACCUCAGUAUGUUGUAGAUGGACAUAAUGAAAGCAAUUUAGAAGUUAUUUGCAUCAAUCUGUCCUCUGAUUCCUGGUGUCAGUGAUUGUAAGACUAGAUUUUUGCUAAUGGCACAAGCUACUGCUAUUGGUUGUAUGUCUCACUGCUGCUAGUCACAUGAUUCUCCUGAGUAAACUGUUGGUUGUCAACUGCCACUGCCCAACUGUCUUUUGGACGGUGGAGAGAGAGGGAGCGAGCGAGAGAGAUUGCCACAUCGGAUGCUAUAAAAGAAGACAAAUUUUGGAUAAAACGACAUAGAAUUACAAUAAAAGGAGAAGGAGAAGGAAGGCGAAGAUGAAGAAGAGGAAAAAGAGGAGUUUGACUCCAGAAGAGAGAGAACUUCCACAGGAUGAAAGUGGGAAGAAGAAGGAGAAGAAAGCCAAGAAGCAAGAUGCAGAUGAGAAGACCAACUCCAGUCGAAAUAGGAAGAAGAGACGCACUGAGAGUAAAAAAACAAUCUAUGUAGGGGAGAAGCCCCCUGAAGAUGGAAGGAAUAAAAGAAAAGCUGUAAGAAAAGAUCAAACAAAGAAGAGAAAAGAAAGUCUCUCAGAUGUGACGAGUAAACCUGAGAGCAAGAAGAGAAGACAAGAAGAGAAAGAAGAAACAACUAAAAGUAAAAAGAAAACCGGCUUAGAAGAGAUGAAAAUUCCUCAGAGCAGCAGAAGAAGGAAGGAGCAGGACAAGAGGAAAAGACCAAGGAGCCCAGAAGAUCCAUUGGAAGGUGGAAGUGGAAGUGCACCGAAGAAAUCCCAUGUGGAUGGGAAAAGACCAGCCCCCCUGGACAUACAGAGGUACAAAUUCCACCAAGAGCUAGGAGAAGGCACGUUUGGACAGGUGAUGUUGGCAUCAUAUACACCGAAGAAACAACUUGUGGCAAUGAAGACGGUGUCCAAACAACCCAGAAAGGGCAACUAUACCUGCAUCAUGAAGGAGGCCCGACUCUUGAAGAUCGCCAGAGGAUGCCCCUUUCUAUGCCAUUCUCAUGCCACGUUCCAGUCCGAGCUGCAUGCCUUCUUCGUGCUCGAGUAUGCCGGCGGGGGAACACUACACAAAGUUAUUGCAGACCAAGGAAAUCUGUCAAUGAAGAACAUCCAAUUCUACACUGCAGAGAUGGUGAUAGCCCUACAGUUCCUUCACUCCAAUGGCAUCAUUCACCGUGAUCUGAAGCCUGAAAACAUCUUGGUGGAUAACAACGGGCACAUCAAGAUCUGUGACUUCGGCCUCGCUGUUGAAGGAAUGAUCGGCGGAAAGAAGAUCAGCGGAUUGACAGGAACACCUGGAUACCGUGCGCCGGAGGUUUUGUCAUUGGAGAAGUACGAUGCUGCAGUGGACUGGUGGUCCUUCGGGGUCAUCAUGUACGAAAUGGCCACCGGCAGACAGCCAUUUGCCCCAUCACUGGUUUCUGCACAGGAGUUGUUUGAGAUUAAGGAGAGAAAGCUUGAAUACCCGCGUCACAUGAGCCAGGAAAUGCUGGACCUUCUGCCAAAGCUUCUGGAGAUGAACAAGAGCAAACGCUUAGGAGUAAAUGGCAACAUCAGGAAGCACUCAUUCUAUGCCAGAAUCAACUGGAGUGAGCUGGAAAACAGAAAAAUAAAGGCACCUUUCCAGCCCAAAAUUCCACCAGCAGAUAAGUUACCAAUCAUACAUCCAGGAUUCUGCGCUGAGACAUCUAAGAGAGCUAAUGUGGAAGGCUUCUCCGAUGUGGAUUCCAACUGGAAAUGGCAGGAGUAAAGUGUUUUCUGUGCUCAUGUGGACUAACCUCAAACUCCCUGUACAGCAAGUGAUGACGGCAAAGUACCAUCCAUGGCCAAUUCCAUCAAUGAACAUCAGAUCUGCCGUCUGUCUACUGCAAGUGUACAAGUGUCUGUCUGUACAGCCAACUACACCAACACCACAUGGGAUCCUUGACAGAAAGUAGAAAAAACUCGAGGCAUAGUGCACACAAUACAUCACAGGAGGCCCCACCAGAAGAAAGGAAUAGCUGCAAUCCGGAUUUUCUAAAUGGACUUUCUAAACAGACCCUUGGAUAAGGGUAAAAAUGUAUACUGAACAUACAGUGCACUUAUGGUAAUCCAGUGCACUGUUAAUUAACACCGUUCAGUAUACUUUAUAUAAGGUAAGGUUUAGGGGUAAGUAUAGCAUUGAGUAAGUUUACUUCCUUUUCUAACUUCCAUCCCAUUGUUUUACUGUUUUCUUAUAGAUAGGAUGUUAUAUAGAAAUAGAAAUGUUAGGAUUCCUUCUCCUCUUUACCCCUGUCCCAUUCUUUUCUUUUACCAUUUUCUUUUCUCAUUUUCCUCUUUUCUCUUUUCCUCUUUUUCAACUUUAAUAUACUGUAAGUUAAGGUAAAAAAGGGUGGGUGGUAUCUUAUAUUGGAAUAGGAAUGUUACAAUUGUUUCAUGCUCUUCUUUUAUGCUCUCCUGUCUUUUCCCUGUAGUUUGUAGCACAUACUGUACGUUAAAUGUAAAGUUUAUGGGUAAAGGUAUACAGGAUAUGGCAGUGGUUAUGUGGGAUAAGGGAUAUAUGUAUAUAAAUAUGAGAUAUGGGUACUAUAAGGGUUAUAGUAAAGGGAUAUGGGAAUAGUGAUGUUGAAUAAGGUAUAUAUGUAUAUAAUUAUGGGAUAUGGGUACUAAAAGGGUUAUAGUAAAGGCAUAUGGGAAUAGUGAUGUUGAAUAAGGGAUAUAUGUAUAUAAAUAUGGGAUAUGGGUACAAAAAGGGUUAUAGUAAAGGGAUAUGGGAAUAGUGAUGUUGAAUAAGGUAUAUAUGUAUAUAAUUAUGGGUUAUUGGUACUAUAAGGGUUAUAGUAAAGGGAUAUGGGAAUAGGAAUGUGGGAUAAGGAAUAUGCCAUAUCCUGAUAGAAAUUUGCAGCAAAUCAUAACAGUAACUGCUGAAGAAACACCACUUUCAGCCUUUUUACACUGUGAUUUGCUGCAAUAAGUAUGAAAGGUAUGAAGUGGUGUGUGAAUGUAAAUAGGGAUCCCCCAUUGCACCAAUGUAGAAGAUGAACAUAGCGCACCUUCUGAUUGGCUGCAAGUUUAAUUUAGUUCACCAUUAAAAUGUAGAAAAAUCUGAUGAGGCCGUCCGUAUGCUUGUGCCUCUUUGUCCCAAUAGGAGGGAGUAAUAUUGCAGCAGAUAGAGCUGCAGCUUGUAGGCCCCUUUUUAAAAA